AUGGGGCCGUUUUUGGGUAUGAAGGACCCUGCGCUCUUUGAAUUGCUAGGUUGUAGCUGUAAUGAAAAAGCAAGUGAAAGUCACCCCGCCCUGUUUGGCCAUUUCCAUCAAUCUGCAUCAUCCCAUCAUCCAUUACCCCCAACCCAUCACCCCAACCCCCACCACCCAAAACUCCUGACCCAGCCCCCAUCACCCAAAACCCCUCACCCAGCUCCCAUCACCUCAAACCUCUCAUCCAGCUCCCAUCAUCCCAGCCCCAUCACCCUCAAACCCCUCACCCUGCUCCCGUCAUCCCAACCCCUCGACCAGCCCCCAUCACCCCAAACCCCUCACCCAGCUCCCAUCACCCAACCCCCAUCAUCCCAGCCCCAACCACCCCAACUCCCUUACCCAGCUCCCAUCACCCCAACCCCUCACCAAGUUCCCAUCACCCAACCCAGCUCCCAUCACCCAAAACCCCUCACCCAGCUCCCACCACCAAAAACUCCCGACCCAGCUCCCAUCACCCAAAACCCCUCACCCAGCUCCCAUCAUCCCAGCCCCCAUCACCCCAGCUCCCAUCGUCCCAGCCUCCAUCACCCCAACUCCCUCACCCAGCUCACCAUAUAUAUGGAAAAGUUUAGACCGUUUUUGGACAGCGCGUCAACGCAGGAUCCUGCGCUAGCGCUGCAGCCGUGA